AUACCAUUUUUGUGGCUUUUUGGUGACGGGAGGGAGGCACACAAGCAAAAGCAGCAAAGCAGGUCAGUUGGCAGGAACAAGGACAAAACAUCGGGUUCUAAAGCAUCGGGAGUAUACCAAGUCGAAAGUCCAGGGUCAUGUCCUCGGGGAGGGCAGGUGGCAGGGCGGGGAUUAGGGCAAGGGUCGGUGGGUGGGACGAGGCCCAUAGGGGGUAAGAGGAACAAGGGUGCCUAUAGAUUGAUAAUUGGAUCGUGGAAUAUAGGGAUAUUGACGGGUAAGUCUAUAGAGCUGGCGAAGAUUCUACAGAAAAGAAAGGGAAAGAACGGAGUGGGUAUUUUGGUGGAUAGGGAGCUUAGAGAGUCAGUUAUAGAGGUUAGGCGUGUGAGUGAUAGAUUGAUGGCGAUUAAGUUAGUAGUUGGACGAAGCACUCUGAAUGUCAUUAGCGCUUACGCACCGCAAGUGGGCUUGGACGAGGAGGUUAAAAGGCGAUUUUGGGAGGAGUUGGAUAAGGUGGUGCGGGGAACUUCGCCUACGGAGAAGUUAUUUAUAGGAGGGGAUUUCAAUGGGCAUAUUGGGUCAUCUUCUAGUGGCUAUGGUGAGGUACACGGCGGCUUCGGCUGUGGGGUUAGGAACGGAGGAGGCACUUCACUGUUGGAUUUCGCUAGAGCUUUUGAGUUGGUGAUCGUGAACUCUAUUUUUUCGAAGAAGGAGGAGCAUUUGAUUACUUUUCGUAGUAUGGUGGCUAAGACUCAGAUUGAUUAUCUUCUCCUCCUGAGGUGUGAUAAGGGGUUGUGCGAGGAUUGUUAG